AUGGUGGUCAGUAAGAUCAAGAACAUGCUGGUCACAGAGCAGGGCCUAGUGCUGGACACCAUCUGCCACUUCCUAGAGAAGCACAGCCAGCUCUGGGAAAAGCCGGAGGUCUCAUUCCGGGAUGCCUCUGUUCAAAAGCUCCUAGAGUUUCUCAGCCUGGACCCCAGGAAGGCUACUGAUAAGGCUUUCUUCUUCCACCUCUACGGCAUGAUCCUGCGCGAGUGCCCCUCCGUGGAACAGGUGCAGUGCCACCUGGCCAGCCUCCUGGAUCUGUCCCAUCAGCACUCCAGACAGCGGGAGGGCAUUGCGCUGGCUGUGGGUCUGGCCUCCACCAAGCACUUGGAGGAGGUGUGGGCCCUCUUGGAACACCUGGGCCGUACCAAGUUUCUGCGUUCAGCUGCUGCGACUGAGAACAGCCAGGAUGAGAUCCUGAAGUCAAGCUUCCUCUCUGCGUCCAUCCUGCUCACCAGAUCGCUCCAGGCGGAGUACGGCUCCCAGAGGUACAAGUUCACGCAGAUACCAGAGCUCAUCCAGUGCCUCUUGGGCAUCCUCCAGAAGGAGCCCAACUCCCUGACCACUUUCUUACGGCAGAAGAUCAUACUGGUCAUCGUAGGCCUGAGUAACCUGCGGCCCAGAUUCAAACCCCUGCUCAAGUCCCAGGUCCUGAAAACUUGUCUGCAGAGUGUGUAUCUGCUUCCUCCUUCCAAGGACAUGAAGAGUGACUCGUUUCUAAUGGAGCCAACCUCAGAUACCACGCUGCUGUACAAGAAGACAGUACGUGCCCUUGACCUACUGCUUCAGAACUUCAUCUCUGAGAAUCCAAGCAUGGAUGAGGUCUGCUUCCUCCUGCAGCACAUAGAAACCUGGCUGAAGUCUGACAAGAUCCAUGAGCGCAGCCGGGCCGUCCAGUCCACCUACCUGCUUCUCCAAUACGUGGUGGACUCUUUGAAGCUUGCUAAAGAGGCCGUGCCGUCCACGCUGGGUCACCAGAUAGGCAUACUGACUCUGCUGUGGCGGGACAAAGACAAAGUCACACAGCAGCAUUCUCAUCUGUGUGUCUACCUCCUCAUGGAGCUUGUUUUCCAGCAGAAGGGGAAGACCGUCGAGAACGCACAGUGGAGUAAGAUGAAACAUUUUGAAAGCAACCUGUUUAGAGACUGGGAGAUGAAGCUCUAUCACCUGGUGAAGGUCUUCAAGGACGACCUGACGGUAGCGCAGCACACGCAACUGAUCCUCACCCUGGUGCACAGUCUAAGCAGUUGUAAUUACCUCCGCUGUGACCUUGCUGCCAAGCUCCUGCUGAUGAUCUGUGUGGAGCCUGGCUUCAGGAAGGAGCAGGUAGCUGAGCUCUUGCAAGGCCUGUUCCAGGAGCUACCGAACAUCCAGUCCAAGAGUGUCCAGCAGACCAUAAGUCAGGCCACCUUGGCUCUGGGAACCCAGCAUAUUCAGGAAGUGGUGGAAGUGAUCUUAUCCCUAUGUCAGCCCUCAGAGAGGUGGAUCCUACCGCUGUGGAAGGCUCUGGCUGCUAACCACCAUGUGGCUCGGGAUGUUAUAACCCUGCUCUACAUAAAGCUAAAAUUGCGCCCACCAAGGAGGCUCCUCCAGUCCACAUAUCGGGCCCGGCUGGUCUCUCUGAUGGCUCUGGGCACCAUUUAUGAGCUCCUCUAUACCAAGGAGUACAGGGACACAGUCUGCUGGGCUUUCUCGGGGAUCCUUCUGGGCCUCCUCACAGAGCUCUAUUACCUGCUGGAGGUGGGCCUCGUGCAAGGCAUGUUUGACUACCAGGAAGAUGAUCUAGGCUCUAAGCCCCUGGGGCCGUGCAGGACCUGCAUGGAAGCGCUCAAAGGCCUCUUCUGGACCAACCAAUACUGGGAAGUGUUUGCUGAUGUGAAGUUGAUCCAGGGCUGGGAACUCUUUGAGCAGUUGGAAACUUUCCCAAGGGGAGUGACCCUUUUGGCCAGGUCCAUGGCUCACUAUAACUGCGAGAUCAAGGCUGUCUUGGGGCAGGCUCUCAUCGCCCUGAAGAGCACUGAAGAGCGAGACAACGUUGUGGGCAUCUGCAUCAUCACUGAGUUUCUCAACAGCCCAGAUGCCUCCCAGCACGUGUCUUGGAAGACCAUGUACAACUCUCUGAACCUGGGCCUUUCUAGUCGCAACCAGAUGGUGAGGGCUAUGAGCCUGAAGGGCCUGGGCAGCACCCUGAUGCACCCUAAAAAGGCAAAUCUGCUAAGAAGUAAGUUGAUGGAGCUGUUGGACAACUUUCUACAACCUGAGUUCAAGGACCCUGCAGGCUUGAUGAAGAUCAUGGGCCACCUCCUGCACUGUCUAAGUGUCCAGGGCAUUGGAAUUGUCAGCCUCAAGAUCGCCCAGCACCUUCUCAGACUGUUCACAGAUGAAAGGGCGGCAGUUCGGGAAGGUGCCAUCUGCCUGUUUGGAGAUGUCAUCCACUAUGGUGGCAAGAAACUUCGGCAGAGCCUCAAGGAUGUGGCUUCUCAGGCUACAGUGCCCCUCCUCUUCAAUAUGGCUGACCCCUGCCAAGAAGUAGCCAUGAAGGCCAAGUUCACGUUCCUGCGCUGUGCCAUCUUGUUAAAGUGGGAGUUCCGGAAGGAGCUGUUCGGCAAGCUGGCUUGGGGCCAAGGGCUGGGCGCUGCAAAUGACAUUUUUGUCUACAUGCUAGAGAGCAAUGUCGGCAACUACCAGCAGUUCCUCAGUCAGGCCUUGAUGUAUCUGGACAGUUCCCACAUGACAGUGAAGCUGGCGGCCAUGAAGUUCAUCGGGGCAUUGCUUCAGGACUAUUUCAAUGACCUAUGCCUGUACUUGAGAAAGAACGAUGUGAUCUUCCUUAAGAACUGUUUGGAGGCCCUCCGCCACGACACGGACUCCAGGACCCGAAGGUUCUACCUGAACUAUUGGAAUGAUGCCGUGGAGCUGUCUUACUAUGUUCAAGACUAG